GUAACGGAUAGCUGUUUUUUAUUUUGUGAUAUUUGAUCGAUUACCAGGAGUAUCAAAACUAUGCGGUAUGAGUACGCUAAUAUGAAUAAUUCUGCUUUAAUUAACCCUCUUUUCGUGCGAAUUCCAUUUGCUUUAUAGACACAUGUUUUUGAGAAGAUUCAUUUAAUAAUGUUUUUCAGGUUGCACCUGGAUUACGAUAUUUUUAUUCAAUAAUGGCUCGAAAUGCAGAGAAGGCAAUGACCGCUUUGGCCCGAUGGCGGAGGAUGAAAGAAGAAGAAGAGAAAGGUCCAGUUGCGAAACGACCAAACGAUGUGAACGAAUGCAACACGCUAAAUGAUGCAGAAAGAUAUAGAAAGCAGGUGACGAUGGAAAUUGCUAAGAAAAUAGCGCUAAUACAAAAUCCUGGCUUGGGUGAAUUUAAAAUUCGGGAUUUGAAUGAUGAAAUAAAUAAAUUACUACGAGUAAAGUACGCUUGGGAAACAAGAAUUAAGGAACUCGGAGGCCAGGAUUACAGGAAGAUAGCGCCUAGAGAAUUGGAUCGAGAGGGACGUGAAGUAGCUGGUAGUAAAGGUUACAAAUAUUUUGGAGCUGCGAAAGAUUUACCUGGUGUUCGAGAACUUUUCGAAAAAGUUGGAAUCGAUGAAUCGAGGAAAAAUCGUUUGGAAUUAAUCAAAAACUUGGAUGCGGAUUAUUAUGGCUAUAUGGAUGAUGAUGAUGGUUUAUUGGUACCAUUGGAAAUGGAUGCUGAAAUCAAAGCUCGUUUACAAGUCGAAAAGGAUUGGGAAGAAAAUAAAGAUACAUUGAAAGCAAAGAAGGAAUUCGACGAAGAUAUUUAUAUAUAUCAAAUUGAUGAUGACUCUGACGAGGAAGAUAUCGGCACGAAGCAAUCUGUACUGAUAGGUGAUGACGGAAAAAAAACAUUCAUUCAACAUGUUGUUGUGCCAUCACAAAAAGAAAUCGAGAAUCUCAUUUUGGAAAGGAAGAAAGCACAACUUUUUGAGAAAUAUGUUGGGAAUUCAUUGAGUUCAUAGCAAUCAGUGUGCAAUUUUUAAGUUAUUUUUUACAGCCGUAUUCAUGUUUCGUUCUACAAUUUUAAAAGGAUAGACCACUAUGCAUCGUUUUUUAUGGAGAAUUUUUUCCAGAUUAUCGGCUAAUUCACUAUAACAGUUUUAUGUAGAGAGUGGCUCGUUCUAAUUGGGAAACAAUUUUUUAAUGUGACAUGAGUAUCUCAUAUAGUAAGCUUGUCUGUCUUCGCUGAUUUUUAGAUUACUCUUGAAAGUUAAAGAAUGUUUUGACCAGUGAUUUUGAAAAGAAAAUUCGGC